AUGUCCUUCUCCGCCACCCGCAUCCUCCUCUCUGCCAAAAGCGCCUCGUCAAAGUCAUGGCUCGCCCGACAGUCACACGAUCCAUACGUCAAGAAACGCGCCAGUAACAGUCUCUUCAACUUCCGCGCGCGGUCGGCGUUCAAGCUGCUCGAGCUCGACGAGCAAUGGAAGUUCUUCAAGCCCGACGUACGCUCGGUCGUCGACCUGGGCGCCGCGCCCGGAGGCUGGAGCCAGGUCGCCGCCUCGAAACUCGGAUGGAUGGAGGAUGACAUGGACGAGGGCUCAGCUGGUCAGGAAGCUCCGUCCCACAGCGGAAGAGGCACAAUAGUUGCCAUGGACCUCCUGGACAUGCUUCCCGUCCCCGGCGUGCAGACGCUCAAGAUGGACUUCCUAUCCCCACGGGCAGACGCGGCCAUCCACGCGCUCCUCAAGGACGAGCAAAAUCCAGAAGGCAAGGCCGAUAUCAUCCUCUCCGACAUGGCAGCCAACAUGACUGGGAACAAGACCGCGGACAUCGAGUCCGGACUGGACAUCGCCAACGCGGUGAUUACCUUCGCGAGGAAGCAUCUCAGAACUGUGGAGAGCGUGGGUCGACGGAAGGCGGGCGUCCUCGUUAUCAAGUACUUUCAACAUCCGCUGACCAACAGCUUUCGUCUGGAGGAACUGAAGCCGUACUUCACCGACAUCCACAACAGCAAACCGAAAGCCAGUAGGGGCAAUUCAAGUGAGGGUUACUGGGUAUGUAUGGGCUUCAAGGGCGACGAUGCUAGACAUCGACACAAUGGCUAUCUCGGUGAGAAGGGAGGUUGA